AUGGACACAGUCAUACAGGACAAUAGUGUGGCCAUUGCAGAGACUGUGCUAUUAACGGAUUCGAAGACAGUGCUGCGUUGGAUUGGCAGCACACACAGGCGCUACAAGCAGUUCGUAGGGAACAGAGUAGCCGAGAUUCUAAAGUCAACGAAGCGUGGACCUAAGCGAGGAGUCGCGCUGGUUAAGAGGACCGGCAUUCCUGAGGAGACCAAGAAGACGAAGAGCUACAGGCGAUUGCUGAGGACUACGGCCUGGGUCCUAAAGUUCAUACGUCGAUGCCGUGGACAACGAGAUGAGCUGGAGAACUACGGCCUCAAUGUAGCUGAGUGUGAAGCAGCUGAGGACUUGUUAGUCCGUAAAGCACAACGUGAGGCGUUCCCCGAUGAGAUGCAGGCCGCAGAGAAGGGCUUGGACGUCGCUAAAGGAAGCGACAUAUGUGGACUGGCGCCAUACCUAGAUGGCAAUGGAGUCCUGCGAGCGUAUGGCAGGAUCGAUGCGGCGCUAUGUAUACCGUACAGCGCCAGGAGGCCAGUGAUCCUCUCCCACCGGCAUGGUCUCACGAAGAUGAUUAUGCGUGACGCCAAUGUGAGGAUGAGGCAUCAAAACAUGGAUGCUACGAUGGCGGAGAUCCGAACCAUGUUCUGGAUUAUGAGACUGUGGAGAGUGCUUCGUAGUGUGAUAUCGGACUGCAGCGAGUGUAAGCUACACAGAGCACGGCCGAUGCCGCCAAUUAUGGGACCCCUGCCAGAUGAUCGUUUGGACGCCAAUGGCUGGCCGUUUAAGAGCACAGUCCUCGACUACUUUAGGUCGCUGCUAGUGACCGUUGCUCGGCAUCAAGAGAAACGACUGCGCAGCGACAAUGGCAGGAACUUCGUUGGAGCAGACAGAGAGGCCAAGAGAUUUGCGGAGAUCUUCAAACCCGAGAGGAUCCAGUCGGAGCUGUCAAGCAAGGGAAUUGAAUGGAUCUUCAACUGCCCAGCGAACCCGUCAGAAGGUGGAGUCUGGGAGCGAAUGGUGCAGUGCGUGAAGAGGGUGCUACGCCACACAGUGAAGGAAGUGGCGCCGAAGGAGCACGUCCUGGAGAGUUUCCUGAUAGAGGCAGAGAAUGUCGUUAAUUCUUGUCCGCUCACCCAUUUGCCAGUGAGUGCGGACCAGGAAGCCCCUCUUACGCCCAAUGAUCUCCUCAAGGGAACAGCUUGCCCACCGGAUACCCCCGGCCUGGAUGGAGGCCUCGUCAAGGAAGGAGCUACGCGGAAGCAGUGGCGCGUGGCAAGGAUGUUGAGGAACCGAUUCUGCAGGAGGUGGGUCUUGGAGUACCUACCCACGCUGACACGGAGAGAGAAGGGGUGCCGCAGAGAGAAGCCGAUUCAACGAGGAGACAUCGUCUUCGUUUGCGAUCCAGCCGUUCCACGUCGAGACUGGCGGAAAGGCGUCGUGGACGAGACCUUUGCUGGAACGGAAGGUGGGGUCAGACGAGCCCGCGUUAGGAUCAUGGAUAGAGAUCGGACCCGCUGGAUAAUGCGACCCGCUUCAAAGUUAGAGGCUUUGGAUUUGAGUGAAGAAGUUCUUCAGGGAGGUGGGGAUGUCGCGGAUCGAUUAUCGAUAUCUAGCGGUGGAAGCAUGGAAUAUUUGUUCGUGGAGGUCCAUCCUUCGGAGAUACUUCGAUUGAGUGGUACCGGAUCAAAGAAGCCAUACCUCAGCCGCUAA